AUGUUGGUUUCUGUUUCCACAGCACUUAUUCGUAUUCAUGAGGCAGGUUUGGUUCAUCGAGAUUUACAUCCUGGAAAUAUUUUCAUAUAUUAUGAAGACCAUGAAACGAAUUAUCAUGGAUAUCAGGCACAAGUGGGUGACCUGGGACUUUGUAUUCCUGCUGACGAAAAAUUAUCAUCAAAGAUAUAUGGAAAUUUGCCUUACGUUGCCCCUGAAGUUCUACAAGGCAAGCAACAGACAAAAGAAUCAGAUAUAUAUAGUUUCGGUAUUAUAAUGUCAGUAUUUGCAUCAUGGCAAGCUGCAUUUGAAGGCUUAAAUAAUGACUGCUAUUUAGCAUAUUAUAUCUGCACAGAUCUUAGACCAGAGAUUCCGAAUGAGACACCAGAGUUUUGGAUACAUGGUUCUUAA